ACAUUUCCGCCAUUGUGUUCCGGUGAGUGACAGAAGGGGUACGCGAAGAAACUUUUUUCGUGUUAUUUCGCAUUUUUUGUUAAGCACUCGACAAAAAAAGAUUUAAAGCGCAAUAAAAAUGUCAAAUAACACCGCACCGGAUAGCUGGGAAUCUCAAGCCGAUAGUAAUUCAACAAAUACCAGUCCUAGUCAUAGUACAGAUGUGACAGCGAAGUUCUCCACGUUGAACGUUAACGCAGUUGAAUUUGUGCCUUCGUUUAGUUUUGCAACUCAAAACGUUUCCGACGAACCUCCUAGUCCUAAAGACGUCCAAAGCAAGGAAGAUUCCCCUCAGCAGCAGCCUGUCGUAAAUGGGACUGAACCUGCUUCAGAACCCCCUGAAGUUGAAGAGCCUCCUCCUGUUCCACCUGCAACAGUAGGUGAAGGUUCUAGUAGUCCUACAGCAAUGGGCGAUACUUGGGAAGAUGUUGCUGAUGACGAUAGCACAGCAUCUGGUGUAGCCCAAGCUAUUACACCGGAAGAUGAUGAACCGUCUAGUGAAGAAGCACCUAAAUUAUUAAAGAAAAAGCCUCUUAAGAAAGAAGAAGUAGAAGAUAAAAAAGAACAUGUUAACGUUGUAUUUAUUGGACAUGUAGAUGCAGGAAAAAGUACAAUCGGUGGGCAAAUUAUGGCCCUGACUGGAAUGGUUGAUAAAAGAACUCUAGAAAAAUAUGAAAGAGAGGCUCGUGAAAAAAGUAGAGAAAGUUGGUAUCUUAGCUGGGCUUUAGAUACAAAUCAAGAAGAAAGGGACAAGGGCAAAACAGUUGAAGUAGGUAGAGCAUUUUUUGAAACUGACAAAAAACAUUUUACAAUACUUGAUGCUCCAGGCCACAAAAGUUUUGUGCCUAACAUGAUAGGAGGAGCUGCCCAAGCUGACCUAGCUGUGCUUGUAAUUUCAGCUAGAAAAGGUGAAUUUGAAACCGGUUUUGAUAGAGGUGGGCAAACAAGGGAGCAUGCAAUGUUGGCCAAGACUGCCGGUGUCAGAUACUUAGUUGUCUUAGUAAACAAAAUGGAUGACCCUACUGUAAAUUGGGACGAGGCUAGAUACAACGAAUGUAAAGACAAGAUUUUACCUUACCUUAAAAAACUGGGAUUCAUAUUAAACAAGGACUUAUUUUUUCUGCCAUGUUCUGGUCAAAUGGGCCACAAUUUAAAAGACCCAGUAGAUAAAUCUUUAUGUUCCUGGUACGAUGGCCAGGCAUUCAUACCUUUUAUCGAUAAUUUGCCUGCAUUAAACAGAAAAGCUGAUGGUCCAUUCAUGAUGCCCAUUGUUGAUAAAUAUAAAGAUAUGGGCACUGUUGUGAUGGGCAAAGUUGAAUCUGGGGAAUGUCGCAAAGGGCAAAAUUUAGUAAUAAUGCCAAAUAGAACUCCAGUAGUAGUAGACCAAUUAUUAUCCGAUGACGAUGAAGUAUCUAGAGUAAUUCCCGGAGAAAAUGUAAAAAUUAAAGUAAAAGGUGUAGAGGAAGAGGAUGUAAGCCCUGGUUUUGUACUUUGUGAUGCUGUAAACCCUGUACACACUUGUCGGAUAUUUGAUGCUCAACUUGUUAUUAUGGAACACAAAUCUAUUAUAUGUGCGGGCUACAGUGCCGUCAUGCACAUCCAUUGUGCGGCUGAAGAAAUUACUGUCAAAGCUUUAAUUUGUCUAAUCGACAAGAAAACCGGAGAGAAAUCUAAGACUAGACCAAGGUUUGUGAAACAAGAUCAAGUAGCAAUUAUGCGAAUAGAGUGUGCAGGUGUUAUCUGUCUGGAGCCUUUUAAACUGUUUCCUCAGAUGGGCAGAUUUACAUUAAGAGAUGAAAAUAAAACAAUUGCGAUUGGCAAGGUCCUAAAACUGGUGGAAUAAAAAGUUUAUAGUGACUUAGGCAGUUAAUGAAUUGAUAUUUUACCCGAAAAAAAUCGACGAAAUACGACAGAAGUCCCAGGAAAUCUGCACCACACAAUGUUCAUUGUUUUAAAAAAGAUGUGUAUAUAGGGAAGCGCGAAUGGUUGUUAUUGACCGUGUGGAUAAUGCAUUGGGGAAAGUUUGCUUUCAUAUCGGCCAAAUUUUAUAAAAAAUAACUUUAUUUUAUAUUAAAACUAAUUUCGUAUAGUUUAUAAUACUCAGAUGGAAAAUAAAUUAAAAAUGAAUUAAGGAAUAUAUAUAUUUUUCGAGAAUUUAAUAAAAUUUGGCUAGUAGGAUACUAUGGAAGAUGGGUUGAUGUCGGCAUAUUUUUAUACUUUACAUCUUUCUGUUUGUAAAUAUUUCCUUUAGUAUUUCGUAUCAAAUAACUACAAGUUAUAGCAAAGAUAGUUUUGUACUAAAAUCGCUAAAUGUAUUCCAUUUUUUGUGAUAACUUGUAAAUUGAUAUUUCGCAUUAAAAUUACGGUAUUUGUUAAUUGUAUAAACAGAACUGAAACUUAGAAAGAUACUUGUUUAUUAUCUUUGAAGAAGUGUCCCUGUCGGGAUUUGCACAAAGUUUAUUUCUUAUUUAUAUUCGAAAAAUGGGUUUAGGUUUUAGUUCCUUUUAAUAUUGUGUGGUGUCAACACAUCAACGGUUAUAAUUAAAGAUGGUUAACUGAAGUUUUUUGGUUUGUAUUUCAAACGGGUGCUUCUUAUAAACAAGACAUAAGAGAAGAAGGUAUUUUAUUGUUAUUUUUCCUCUUAGUCUUGCUUUUGGCGUUGUUUCGUUUUAAAAUUAAUUUAUAAAUUAUUGAUCCCUGAAAGUAUCUGUAUAGAAUGUCCCAUAUAUUCCUAGCCUUAAAUUAGAUUAAAUUUACUCAACUUAGCUUAUUUUGACUGCUCCCUGAGAACUUUAAAGCAAUGUAAGAUGCGCCAAAUUAUUUUUAUUUGAGCCCAGGAAUUAUAUAAUUCUGUAAAGAGCUUUGAGGGACUCGGGACAUCUAUUAUAUCAAAUAUUCCAAAAACCAAAUACCACUUCAUGGAAUUGCAACAAAUAUAGCGGUGCUAGUAUUUCAAUUUUUAUAAAUAUAUAAAAAUACCUUCAAUCUCUUUAUUUGAGGGCUAGUCUUUAUUUCAUAUUCAAAAGUUAACUAAAUAACUUGUCCGUGACCAUUAUUCCAGUUUAAAAUUAAUAUUUUAACCAAAGUUACAAUCAUGUGAAUACCGCUUUAUAGAAUCGAAUCGUUGUGAUAACUCUUUCUCGUUUUGAAACGCA